AUGAGCCUCCUCCGCCUCGCCCCUCUCGCACUCGCCGUGGUACCCAUGGUCGCCGCCGCCGACGCCGCCCACUUCACUUUUGCUUGGCCCGGAAGCCCGAGGCUGUGCGAUGUCGUCCCUCUGACAUGGUGGGGAGGCGAACCGCCUUUUCAGGCUUGGCUCAUACCCACUGGAGGCCAGCCAUUCAUGUAUGACAUCCCGGACUCAUACUACAUCAAUGGUACCGGUACAUAUCCCAUCCUACUUCAAGUCAGCGAUGGAUACGCCUACACAAUCAUGAUGAGCGAUGCCAACGGGAUCGGAUCCGGCGGUACGACCGAAAUCUCCAUCGUCCAGCCCAUGCUCUCCAACCCCAACUCCAACACCACCCUCCUAUCCUCCCAAGCCCCCUGCCUCCGGAACGCCUCUGAAAACUCCGUCUCCCUCGACUUUACAUUCUCCGUCUCCGGCCAAGUCGCCCAAUGCGCCACGGGCCUGGAAGUAGAGUGGACAGGCGGGAAAGAGAUGGAACCAUACAAUAUAUCUGUCAUCCCCAUGGUUCAGGGGUAUUUACCUUGGGAGAUAGCGGUGGAGAAGGGUGCGAGCUGGGCGAACCAGUUUCUGGUUAAUAUGACGGCGGGAUCGAGGUUUACUUUGAUAAUGAACUCUAAACUAGGAUACGGCCGAGGCGGCGUAGCAGACAUAUACGAAGUCACCCCCUCCUCCUCUGAGUCCGAAAACACCACCUCCUGCAUAGCCCAACCAUCCCUCUCCACCGGCUCCUGGCCCGCCGACGCCAUCAUUUUCUCUACCCUCCCCUCCGCCUCACGCCCACCCAGCCCUUCCAACUCGUCUUCCUCCGCCUCAUACUCAAAUGGGGGUAGUCCAGCAGAGAAAAAGGGUAAACUAGCAGCACUCAGUAUUGGGGCUACGCUGCUGAUUGCUCUGCUGGCUUGGUUGAUUUGGUGGCUGUUGAUGCGAAGGCGACGAGGGAGGAGGAUGAGGGUGAGGGAGAAGGAAGGGCUCAAAUCGCAUUUCCUCACCACCACCACCGCCAGCUCUAGCAUCAUCUCGCCCUUCUCUCCUUCUUCUUCUUCAGCUACGACCCCAGCCACAAAUUUGUACCCCCUCGACCUCGCUUCGAGCUCGGGGGAGAGCGUGGUCGCUAGUAAUACGCCAUCAGUAGGUAUCGGGAAGCUCGAUACUGGGCGGGGAUCAUCGCCUAUCGGAGCGCGAGAUCGUUCUUUUUCUCCAGCCUCUCAUCAAAGGAGUACAUCGCUUCAUACUCUAUCAGAUUCGCAGCAGAUGGCAGAGGGACAAAACGAAGGAAGCCAGGAAGAGGAAGAGAAACACCAGUCCUAUCUCCCAACCCCCACCCCCGCUCUGCGCCUCUCGAACCCCGACACCUAUGGCGAUGUUGAGGCCGAUCCUCAUUCCCAUUCCCUCUCUACCAUCCCGUCUUCUCCGUAUUCUUCCAACAGACGUCGCCCCCUUCGCCCAGAACGCACAUACAGACGCCACGCCGAUGCCGGCCGCCUCCCCGAUCUUGCGGAUGGAAGAGUGGGAGAGGGGGUGGUGGUAGAUCUGCCGCCUUUGUAUAGUGAUGUCCCUCGAGAUAGGGAUGGGGAUGGGACUCGCCUUGGCGAUGGGGCAAGGGAGUGA